AUUUUCUAUGUUGGCAGCACUAGUGAGUCACUAGAGUCAUGAGGUGUCGCUUCUUGCCUUCACUCUUCCUCGUUGCGCUCGCAUCGCUCUUUCAGGUCGAGCAAAAUGGCUGAUCAGAGUGAACGUGCGUUUCAAAAACAACCCACGAUCUUUCUUAAUCGUAAGAAAGGUCUGGGCCCAAAGCGCAAGAAGCCCAUGAGGUACAGCCGCAAUGUCGGGCUUGGCUUCAAAACGCCUCGUGAGGCGCUGGAGGGAACUUACAUCGAUAAGAAGUGUCCGUUCACUGGUAACGUAUCGAUCAGAGGACGCAUUCUUACUGGCGUUGUACAGAAGAUGAAGAUGCAACGUACCAUUGUUAUACGCAGGGAUUAUCUGCAUUAUAUUAGAAAGUACAACCGGUUUGAGAAACGUCAUCGCAACAUGAGUGUCCAUCUUAGUCCUUGCUUCAGGGACGUAGAAAUUGGUGAUGUAGUCACCAUUGGAGAAUGCAGACCCUUGAGCAAGACAGUAAGGUUUAAUGUAUUGAAGGUUUCAAAAGGAACAGGAUCAAAGAAGAGUUUCAAGAAGUUCUAAAUAUCUUUUUGAUGAUAAGUCAUUAUUGGCAGAUGCGAGGAUUGAGCGAAAAAAAGAAUUGAAAAAUUCCAUCAAGUGACAACAGUAAGUCUACUGUUUUCCAUACUGUAACUCACGAUCGAAAUCUGACAAAAUGAUUAAAAUAAAAUAAUUUCUACCAAAA